CGUCAUCGACGGUCUGGGUCUGACAGCCGACGUCGCAGCAAUGGAGGAAGUGAGAGUGUUUCCCCUGACCUGUGCUGUUCAAAACUAUGCAUGGGGUAAAAAUGGGCUGGACAGUGAGGUGGCCAAACUGGUCGUAGGUGGAGACCCACUAGCUGUCAUAGAGGAUGGCAAGCCUUAUGCUGAGUUGUGGAUGGGUGCCCACCCAAAAGGUGACGCCCAGAUAAAAGACAACAGGAUCGCACAGACCACGCUGGGCCAGUGGGUCGCCCACUUCCCUGCCUGCCUGGGCUCCAAAGUUAAAGACACUUUCCAGGGUCAGCUGCCCUUCCUCUUCAAAGUCCUCUCUGUCAAUACAGCUUUGUCCAUACAGGCCCAUCCUAACAGGGAGUUAGCUGCUCGUCUCCAUGCUCACUUUCCGGAGUACUAUCCAGACAACAACCACAAGCCAGAGAUGGCCAUUGCCCUCACCCCCUUCCAGGGCCUCUGUGGCUUCAGACCAGUGGAGGAGAUCCUGGAGUUCCUUAAAUGUGUCCCAGAGUUCCAUGCUCUGGUGGGCAAGGAGGCAGUGGAGGAGCUGCAGUGCAGUGUGGGAGAUGCAGUUCGUACAAGCCAGGCACUGAAGAAGUGCUUCACCAGGAUGAUGAACUGUGAGAAGAAGGUGUUUGUAGACCAGCUCAACAUGCUGGUGAAGAGAGUCACUGAGGAGGGUGCAGCGGGAAAGGACACAUCGAGCAGCAACGGUGACCUGUUGCUCCGUCUCCACUCUCAGUAUCCUGGUGACAUUGGCUGCUUUUCCAUCUAUUUCCUCAACAACAUGGUCCUGGAUCCUGGUCAGGCCAUGUUCCUGGGAGCCAACGAGCCUCAUGCAUACCUUUAUGGAGACUGCAUCGAGUGUAUGGCCUGCUCAGACAACACAGUGAGGGCCGGUCUCACGCCAAAAUACAUCGAUGUGAACACGCUGUGUGAAAUGCUCAACUACAGCCCUGCGCCUGCCAGCUCCAAAAUCUUCCCAUGUGUCCAGGACCCUUCAGACCCGUGUGUGGAGCUCUACGACCCACCAGUGCCAGACUUCAGUGUGAUGAGGAUACAGGUACCGGCGUCGGUGAAGCAGUACACCAUGGCUCCUGUUGACAGUGCCAGCAUCCUCCUGGUCAUUGACGGCGAUGCCGUGGCGACCUCCGUCGCUGCCCUAUCUGAUGUCCCCCUGAGGCGGGGUACUGUCCUGUUUGUCUCGGCCAAUGAGAGUGUCUCUCUGCAUAUCACCUCCUCGUCAGGCAUGAACAUGUUUCGUGCCUGCUGCCUCCUGUAGUUGUGAGUCUGUGGCUGUGUGUAAAACGUCAUACUACCUGUUUAUUCCUUCUCUGGUUUGACUCACUCUUUAGUGGGUAGUGUAUUAGAGCGCAGUGUCGGUGCCCAUCUGUGCCUGCUGUUCCACCCUUACCUAAACUGUGUGUGUGGACUGGUGUGUGUCAACCCCUUUAUACCAGCAGCAGUGUGCUUGUAAUCCAGCAACUCAACAGUUUUGCUGUCUUUUUAACUGAUUCCAUCCAGUUUAACAGUUGUCGUGCAAGUACAUCACAUCCUCUACAGAUCUUCACAAAUCAAAUUCUACUUCGGUGCUCACGAAUGCUGGACAAAGAAGCAUACAGUAAAAUGUAAUGUUAGGUAAAACUAAAUCUGAUGCGGUCCAGUACAAUAUUGCAAUAAAACCUUCCUUCAUGAAGGUCAUAACACUGUUUUUUUUUUAUUGUUUAAACCUUUCAGAGAGGUAUUUAUUUAGAACUUUAUGGUCACUGGAAGUCUGUGCUGCUGUUAAAAUGUAUUGCGUUAUACCGAAAAAUGCUGCUGAGAAUGUGAUAAAAACACCUGUUGACUAUUACACCUGUAAAAAAAAUCACACUGAACAAUUGACACUGAACCAAUAUAAGUCCUUGUCAGUAGGCAAACAACAUCUGUUGCAGAGGGUCACAUGUUUGUGACUGAAAUUUUAAGAACUUUUGGUGAGGUCACUUUUUUAAUGGAAGCCCUUUUAGUGGUCCAAUUUUACUCUUUACUCUAAGUACACCUACAGCUGUACAUGACUAUUUUCCCCUUGCAAAGCUUGUGUAAAGGUAACACCCACUGACAACGACUUAUUAGAAAAGCAGAGUAGGGGAUAUGUUUACAGUGGUGCAGUACACGCCACAACUUUAUACAACUACAGUACUAUGUUUAUAACUGAGCAUGUCUGGUUACUGCCCCCAAGUUUUUUCAUUUUAACUAAAGCUUGAAUAAAUAUAUAUAUAUAUAUAUAUAUAUAUAUAUAUAUAUAUAUAUAUAUACACACUUUUGGAGGAAAUACAUUAUAAAUCAACAGAUGAGAGCAUAUUAUGCAAUACUACUGAAAUACAUGUGCAUGUUUUAUUUAGAGCAGUAAUACUGGAGAGGACUGUAAUCAUUUUACAAGCCACACAGUCACAGUUAGGUCAGUUAAGUUGCUGAGUAGUACUGUGUUUCAAUUUUACCACUGCAUGUUUGGAAACUCCUUAACGUGGUGAACAAAAAAAAAACAAGAGAUGAAACUAAGAAAGGGCAUCUAGCUUGGAGCGUCUAAUGAAGCAUGACUAAAGGGGAAUCAGAAAUGCAUAUUGAUGAAAACUUCUCUCUUCUAUAUGAAUCAAAAAUGCACUAUUGCUGCUUGUUUUACUGUUUGCUCUAACAAUCUGACCCAAGCCCGUUAACACAUUCACGUUUGGUACAUUUGUUCCAACAAAAAUGCUGCAUUUAAUUUUAUAUUACUGAAACAAAUACUCAGAAACUGUAUUUCCAAGCCAAAACUUUGUAUGUGUCGUUAGUUGUAUUGAUGUGUCAAUGAGACAUUACAUAUGAAGUGGAAAAUGUCCCAGAACUAACUGUAUUAUAAAGGUUUCACCUGUACAUUAUGGAAUCAGUAUGUAAGUGGUUUAUCCUCACCAUAUCAUCUUGUGUGUCGACCACUUCCUUACACGUUGGUACUAUACUUAACUUUAACUUCAGCAUGAUGUAAACGUUUGCAUAAUAUUCCCUGUAACACCAGGGUUGACCAGAAUUCAAUCAUGAAGUCAUGGAUUUUCCUGUUUGUUUUAAUAACGUGUGUUUUAGAAUGAAUGCUUUAUCAGUCUGCCAACCUGCCAGUGAUAUAUUAAUAUCUCUUUUUAUAGUUUGAACUAAGUGAAUGACCAGCGUAUGGAGCCAGUCCUACACAAGAUUUGACCUACUUUUUGACCAUGUUACUGAUGGGGGUGAAGCUCCAAGCCUUUAUAAAUGCACCUAACCUGCACUUUUUUUGUUUGUGCUGUGAUAUUAACAGUUAAAAUAAUCCCAAACCCAUCUCUUUAAAAAAAAUUUAACUUUUGAAUUUGAACUUUUAAUUCACCACAUAUUUCUCAGACUUUGCACAGUGGUUAUUAUAAGGGUAUUGUUGGACUAUUUUCUUGUGUGUCCAACCCCCCCCCACACAUGUAACACAUCCUUCAGAUGCACACAAAUAAGAAGACCAUGGUGUUUAAGUUUGAUUAUUCUUAUUUAACUAAUUCUUGGAGUGAGGGCAUGGUUUAGCAUUUUUGAUUAUGGUGAUGCUGUAGCAUGGUACCACAGUGGACAUGAAUGUAAAACUGGUUUAAUAAAAGUUUGUUCCGUUA